UUCAACUUCGGUUACAUAUUGCCUUUUCUGCCAACAGGAAAACAGUCUGACAGCCACUUUAUAUAGGAUUAAUUUUCUCAACUGGUGUAAUAAACCGGAUGAAACAUUCGUACCAUCCGCUUGGGAAAUACCUGUCUUGGACUUUAUUUCACCGCUGCUACUCUAGCUGUGUACUUUGCUGUUCCAUUAUAGAUUUCGUAGGGGCCCGUCAUCUGGAACCUUCGUCUUAUCAUUUUUACUCACCAAGUGUGGAUUAUGCUUUGGUGCCGUAUAUCAAGUGGAAUUAGGGGGGGGGGAGGGAAAAUUGAUCAUAUAAAUAUCCACUAAUUUAACGAGAGAUAAAAGAGUAACAAGAUGUUUCGGUCAGCAUUGAUGUCGAUAGUGUUAGUUUUAUGGUUGUAUGUUAAGGUUGCUGAAGGUAAUCCAAUUUUAGGUGAGGUUUAUGAGCUGGUGAAUGGUGGAUAUGAUAACUCGCACGGAGUUGCUAAGGGAGGAGGAUUAGUUACAUUUGGUUCAGGCAAGCUAGAGGCAAGAGACGAUGGGUACGAUCACAUCACUGGUCCAAUAAAGGAACAUAUACAGACCCAUAGAGGAAUUAGCAAACGCAAGCGAGUCCUUUUUUUCAGUUUUGGUGUAACAUUAAUAGCUGCAGGUCUAUAUGUAAUGUAUGUGAGCUUGGGGAUGGGGAAUGAUACAAAGACAACGGUGACUUACUAGAAUUAUAGGAAAACAAGGCACAGUAUUGGGGGUAAAAAUUGCAUUAGAAGACAUGCAGUUAUUCUGUGUUAAUGGAACAUAAGUUAUAUGUGUAGUACCUUAAUAUAAGCCUGGAGAAACCAACUACUUGUUGUCCAUCCACAAAAACCGAGGUCGAUUUUCAUUGGGAAUUGUAGCAACAUAAAGUCUCAGAAUGCUUGAGUCUUGAUUUAUGGAAAAAAGGAAAAGUCGAAGAAGGGAGUAACAAGCAAGAGGAGAACCGGGAUCCCGAAUGAGUCAACCCUGAUUUCAAGUCUUUUGGCAGUACAAUUAU